UCCUGGUCUAUAUGUAUAGCAGGUAAAAUGUCGACCAUGGAUAGAUACACGUAUUAUAAUAUUAUAGUUAUGUUACUGACUGUAAGAUAUAUACAAGGUCAAACAUACAGUUUAUCAGGAUCAGCAUCAUAUGGUAUUAGAGGAGGGGAUUAUAGAUUUACAUGUCGGAUAUCUGUUGAUAAUAUACCUCAAGGUGUGUCGUUUAACAUUGGUAAUGACAUAAUCUGUAGAGUAUUAUUAUUAACAUGUCAAGAAUCAUCAUCAGAUACCAGAUAUACAUGUGGUUGUAUCAAUGGUAACAACAGAACUCUGUAUCUUAAUAUAACUAAUGUUCAAUCAACUGAUGCUGGAACCUGGACCUGUAGAGACGGUAGUGUCGGCAGUCCACCUGUAACUCUUCCUGUUUAUUAUCCACCGACCAUCAAAAGUUUAACAUCAGAUGCUAACAACAACAUGAUAGAUGAAGAUUCUACUGUAACUUUCACCUGUUCUGUUGACAGUCUUCCAUCUUCAGUAAUAUCCUGGUCUAGAUCACAACAAGGGGGACAACUCUAUUCUGGUAGUCAAUAUACCAUACCUAAAGCUAGAUGUCAACAUACAGAUAACUAUACCUGUACAGCUAGUAAUAAUAUUGGUCAACCUGUAUCUAACACUAUUCCACUCUAUGUUAGAUGUGCGCCUGUCCUGGAUCCUAACCAAGAAACUAAAACUACUAUAUCUAUAGGACGUGGAGAGACAGGUGCAUUAUCAAUCCAUGUUUUAGCUUAUCCACUACCUGUAUAUACCUGGUAUUAUCAACUACAGGAUGGUAGUAAACAACUGAUUACAGAUUUUAGAAUUAGACAAGAAGAUGAUGGUCUAUCAUCAACAUUAACUAUACAAGAUGUUACAGAAGAUGAUGGUGGCAAAUAUAUAGUUUAUGUUAAUAACAGUGCUGGUACCAAAUCUACUGUAUUUAACCUGGUUGUAUCGUCACAAGAUGGGGACAAUGAUGACGUUAUUUCCAGAGAACGGGGUAUUGGUGCAGCUAUUUGCCUUGCCGUCUGUUUUCUUGUAUUGGGUAUUGCCACCGUUUCACUCUGGUGCAUCAUGAAGAAACGUGGACAGAGAAUUUGCUUUCAAAAUAUUAAAGCAGAUCAAACGGUGGCUAACGAUACAACCAAUCGUACAGACAACGUUACCCUGUCUGAUAUACCACCUAUACCAACAGUUUAUGACCGAGUUGAUGCAACCAAUACUAGAGAUGCCGUUAACCUUGACUAUAUCAACACAUCUACAACAGCAUCACCAUAUGAGGUACUGGAUAAACAAACUAUGGAUACCAACACUUAUCAGCAACUCAGUCCUUAUCAAAAUCUACAUGUGUAGUUAUAACUAUGUGCCUUAAUACAUAUAAAAAAAAUUCGUGUACAAAAAAUAAUUCGUAUAUAUAUUUUAUUUUCACGUUUUUCAAGUAGGUAUUUAUCCAGAAUCGUAUAAAUAGAUUAAUACUUUGAUAUUUCAUCUGUAUAUUUACUAGCUUAUUAAUGCGGGUUUUUUUUAUAUUUAUUAGCCUAUGUGUUUGUGUUGAAAGUAAUGAACUUGUACAAAUACUGCUUUUCUAAAAGAAAUUUAUAUUA